AUGGCAUUAUUGUUCCUCACUACUACUGGAUACACUCAUUCUCUUUUCCCUCUCAUAUUUCUGAAUGCAGUUGAUAUUAAAAAAUUAAAGCAAGCUGGAAUCUGCACAAUUCGAGGCAUCCACAUGACAACCAAGAAAAGACUUUGUAACAUUAAAGGAAUAUCAGAAGCAAAAAUGGAAAAAAUCAAAGAAGCUUGCUUAAAAAUUUGUGAUAAUGGGUUCUUUACUGCUCUUCAAUAUGCAGAGAAGCGUAAGCAGAUUUUUCAUAUUUCUACUGGAAGCCAAGAACUUGACAAAUUGCUUGGAGGUGGUAUGGAAAGCAUGGCCAUUACAGAAGCAUUUGGGGAAUUUCGUACAGGUAAAACACAGCUCUCUCAUACAUUAUGUGUUACAGCACAAUUGCCAGGACCUAAUGGCUACACUGGAGGAAAAGUAGUAUUUAUUGAUACAGAAAACACAUUCCGACCAGACCGUCUCAGAGACAUUGCUGACCGAUUCAACUUGGAUCAGGAUGCAGUACUGGAUAAUGUAUUAUAUGCAAGGGCUUACACAAGUGAACAUCAAUAUGAGCUUCUGGAUUUUGUUGCAGCCAAAUUUUAUGAUGAGCAAGGAAUAUUUAAAUUACUAGUUGUUGACUCAGUGAUGGCCCUAUUCAGGGUGGAUUUUUGUGGAAGGGGAGAAUUGGCAGACAGACAGCAGAAACUUGCCCAAUUAUUGUCCAGACUACAGAAGAUUGCUGAAGAAUACAAUGUAGCAGUUUUUAUAACUAAUCAGAUGACAGCUGACCCAGGAGCCAAUAUGAUGUUCCAAGCAGACCCCAAAAAGCCAAUUGGUGGAAAUAUUUUGGCUCAUGCUUCAACAGUUCGGAUCUAUUUACGAAAAGGAAGAGGAGAAACCCGAAUUGCCAAAAUCUAUGACAGCCCAGACCUACCAGAAAGUGAAGCAACAUUUGCCAUUACAACUGGUGGAAUAAACGAUGCCAAAGAAUGA